CUGGUCUGCACGAGCAUGUCAGCUGGGGUUACUCAAGCUAUAUAAAUACCCAUUUUGGGGGGUUCAGCUUGAUCAUUUUGUCAUUUGGAAAGGAUCCUCUGCUUUACAAAAGGAUAAAUCUGAUAUCAUAGGCCAUAAACCCUCGUGUUGCCUGAAGCUGCCCCUUCCGUGAAGCAUUCCGACAUGGCCAAGGUGUCCCACAUCGCACAGCAGCGGCGCAUAGCCCGUAUUUUCUGGAGCUCCCCGUUCGGCGGCUUGGAAGAAGAAAGAGAAUUGCUGACCAAGAUAUACUGGCCAAGGCUUGCUCACAUGUGUCAGAAAGCUGGCUACGAGUAUGCGCCAGUGGACAUGAGAUGGGGUAUCACAUCAGAUCACUCCAAGGAAGCACUCACCAUAGAAAUAUGCCUUCGAGAGCUGGACCGUUCAGACAUGAUUGUUGGAUUCUUUGGUCAGAGGUAUGGUUGGCACGGCAGCAAAGACGAGAUGUUGCAGAAGACAUUUGACUAUGCCCUAGCAACGUUUCCAUUCAUUGCUGACUACCGGGAUCGCUCAGUCACAGAGCUAGAAUACCUCCAUGGACACCUCAAUAACCCUGGUGCUCGGGCGGCAAGCUUCUUCUUCAGAGAUAAGGCAUACGAUGACAAGAAACUGAAGGAAUAUGAGAAAUCGGGAGACGAGAGGAACGCCCGCAAGUUUCGCCCGACCUCCGACGGCCCUAAUGCUGCAGAGCAUCUUAAUGACCUGAAACAAAGGGUCAUAGCCACAAAAGACAAGUGCCUUGCCAUACAUCCUAACUAUGCCACACCGAGUGAGGGCGCCAGACUGAUGUUUGAAACGGUCCACAGUUUCUUGGAGACUUUUCUGAAGCCACAGAGGGCGCUGUCCGGGCCGGAGGCUGAGCGCCUGGAGCACCAUGCCUUCCUGCUGCAAAAGUUGGGCAUGGGGGGCAUGUACAUCGGAGGGGAGGGGUACCUAGAGGCAGUGGACAAUCACGUCUUGCAUGACAGGGAUGGCUAUAAGAACAAACAUUUGCUGAUUGUCGGAGAGCCAGGGAGUGGUAAGACUUGUUUACUGGGCAACUGGAUCAUCAAGCACCAGGAACGCUUCCCGGAUGAUAUCGUCGCGUAUCACAUGGUUGGAUGCUCCAGCAGCAGCACAAGUGUGAAGAACAUGCUGCAGAGGUUGUGCAAUGAUGUAGAAGAUGCACUGUUUGAUCGCGAUGAUCUCCCUGAAGCAGAGAGGGUUUAUUCCGCCAAGGGGAAGGAGGAGAUACGAGAGCUCCAACAGACACUGAACGUCUUGGUUACCAAGGCAACCAAGCAGAAGCUGCGGGUGGUGAUUGUCGUCGACGCGCUCGACAUGCUGGAGAAGGCUGGAAAAACCAUGAAGACCUUGUACUGGCUGCCCAAGUUUCCGCCUGACACCACCCACCUCGUCCUCUCCACUCUGACCUCUGACACGGCCAACAUCCAGGAGCUUGUCCAGCAGCGAGAGUUUGACCAGCUCCCAAUGAUUCCUCUGAGCGAAGACCUCCAGUCCGAGAUCACUAAGGCCAUGUUGAUUGUCCGAGGCAAAGAGUUGUCCUCUAAGCAGCAUGACCGCGUCAUCAGCUGCAAGCAGACCGAGAAUCCACUGUUUCUCAUGAUUCUGCUCAAGGAAUUGUGUAGUUUUGGCAGCUUCUUUGAGCUGGAUGAGUUCAUUGAUUCCCUGCUUGCUGCCCAAAGUGUCAAAGAUCUGUUUGUGAAGUUCUUGAAACGGCUGGAGAAGGAUUAUAAUGCUGUGGAGAAGCAAGAUCUCGUCAAAGAGGUAAGCGGCUUGGUCACUUUCAUUUUCUUUCUGUCCAUAUUGCUCCUUUUUUCCCCUUCUUGUUUCCAUUCUUCAUGUGUCAAAAGGAUAAGGAGCAAAUGAUUCUGACAUCUCAUAACCAAGUGCUUUUCAAGU